UUCUCCAUCCCACUCAUUCGUUUCUUUCUCUUGUUUACAAAAAUGGAAAAAAAUAGAGGCACAUCAUUCAACGAACAAAAAGAUGAGUUGUUAUGUCAUGUCUACUUAGAAAUUCCACAGGAUCCCAUUGCUAGUAUUAAUCAAACUCUUAAGAAACUAUGGAAAAAAAUAGAAAAAACUUACAAUGAAAAAAAAAACAGAGAGUUGGGAAAUUAGAAGUCAUAGGUCUUUAGAAAGUAGGAUGGGUAUUAUUUUGUAUGCUGUUAGAAACUUGAAAAGGUGUGUGAUUCAAGUGCAAAAUAUGCUUCCAAGUGGCGCAUCCGAUCAAGACAUUAUGGAAAACGCAAAAAAUUUAUUGAUGCAAGACCCAAAACUAAAAAAAGGUUUUAAAUUUGAUCAAGUGUGGCUUUUAAUGAAAGAUAUUCCAAAGUUUUCAGAUAAUGUCAAUAUCGGUAUUCCGGAUAUUGAGAGUGAUACUGUCGGCUCUCCAGCAUCACAAUCUCCUGGAAUUUCUUCAUUCUCAAUCAAUUUAAGCAGUCACGAUGGUGGUUCAAAUUCGUCACAACGUCCUAUUGGACCGAAGAAAGCAAAACUUAAAAGAAAACUUUCUGAAGGUAAUACUUCAUCUAUGGAUAAUGUGGUUUCAGUAAAUGAACAAAAUUCUAGAUUUCUUGAAAGAAAGUGGAUCAUCUAGAGAAAAAAACUUAUGAGAUGGUUCAGUUACACAUGCAAAAUCAAGCAAAAAAAUUAGCUAUGAAAGAAAUGGAGGCUGAAAAUAAAAUCAGUUGAAAAAUUUAAACUCCAUUGAUGAUAUUAACACUCGCCAGUUUAUCCGAUCUGAACAAGCAAGAAUCAUGCAAAAAAGAACUCAACAACAAAAAACAGAAGAGAAUGCUCGAAAUUUAUAUCGAGAAU